AUGCGCAGUAGGUAAAGGCUAAUCUGGGCUGGAGUCGCCAUAUUGGAGUUUUCCUUCGGCUGCAGGAGAGCGGACGAGUCGUGAGUCCCCAAGAAAAAAGACUUGUUUCUCCCUCUCGCGUCGUCUUGGAAUCCCGUCCGUUGCUGGGUCGAGGCCAGGAGUCUCUCCGUUUGUGUUGAAUGGAUCCACGAAUUGCCUGGAUUCAGCCGGAACAGCUAGGACAGGCGCACCAAACGUGGACACAAAUCUGGCUGACGGCGCAAGGUCUGAACCAGCUGCACCUCAACGGUAACUCCAACUCCAACCUGGAUUCCAACAGCGCGCCCGUCACCCCGCCACCUCCUCCCAGGAACGAUGGGGGACAGCCACAACAUAAUUCCGCUCAGGAUUUUAUUCCAUUGGACUCAAACAGGGCCCCCAGGACGCCCCUACCGAACAGUGCAAAGAGGAAAAGGGACAACCGAGCAAGCACAUAUAACUGUGAACCGGAGGGGGGCACUCCAUGGAAAACACGGCAUUAUGCAGAAGGAGUGAUCGGGUUGCAUGAAGAAAUACUGGACUUUUACAAGUACAUGUCUCCUAGGAUGGAGGAGUUUGCUAUGAGGAAUGAGGUGGUGCAGAGGAUAACCAAUAUCAUUAGAAGUAUUUGGCCAAGAGCAAAGGUUGAGAUUUUUGGCAGCUUUGAAACCGGGCUGUACCUCCCUACCAGUGACAUAGACCUGGUGGUGUUUGGCAGCUGGGAGGCACUGCCCCUGUUUAGGCUAGAGAAAGAGCUCCGACAUAGCAACAUUGCAGACCCUGACAGUAUCAAGGUGUUGGACAAGGCAACGGUACCCAUUGUGAAGCUGACUGACAGAAAAACAGACGUGAAAGUGGACAUUAGCUUCAACAUGCCUAACGGAGUCAAGAGUGCCAAACUUAUAAAGAAAUUCAUGCAGGACUACCCGACGCUGAAGUACCUUGUGCUGGUGCUGAAACAGUUCCUGCUGCAGCGGGACCUGAACGAGGUGUUCACCGGAGGCAUCAGCUCCUACAGCCUCAUCCUCAUGACUGUCAGCUUUCUACAGCUCCACCCCAGGUACGACGCCACCUCUCCCAGUGCCAACCUCGGAGUUCUGCUGAUCGAGUUUUUCGAGUUGUACGGACGAAACUUCAACUACCUUCAGACCGGCAUCAGGAUCAAGGAUGGGGGAGCCUACAUAACCAAAGAGGAGAUGCAGGUGAACAUGGAUAACGGUUACCGGCCGUCCAUGCUGUGUAUCGAGGACCCACUGAACCAGGGGAACGACAUCGGCCGCAGCUCGUACGGCGCCAUGCAGGUCAAGGCAGCUUUUGACUACGCCUACAUCACACUGUCCCGCGCAGUAUCGUCGAAUAAGCAGUACUAUGCGUCCAAUAAUUUCAGCAUCCUGGGCAGGAUAGUGAAGGUGACAGAGGAAGUUGUGGAGUACAGGCAGUGGAUCCAGCAGAACUGGUCCCAGAACAUCCAGCCCAACCCGCUCCUGACCCAGCCCACCUACGCCAGCGUGGCCAGGAUGCCUCACGUACACAACAUGCAGCACCAGAUACAGAUGCAGAACCAGGCCAACCACAGUAACCAGCUGCAGGCGCACGCCAUGACAUCCCACAAUGCCGUGGGGUCCACGGACUCGGCCGGUUCGGAGGCCAUGAUGGUGUCUGACGGGGAAAUGUCGAGCCACUCGGCCAGCUCCAGUCAGGCCUCGUCUCCCGCAUCGUCCAUAUCCGCCAGCGCGUCGUCAUCUCCAUCCAACAGCGACACAGAUUCCAGCUCAGAAUCAUCGUCAUCAUCAUCGUUAUCACCACAUGGAGUCACCGGCAUUCCCGACAAGGCCGGAGCGCCGUCCCCAAAACCUGGAGCGACGCCUGCCCCAGUGACAAACAGUGACGCCCAGACGAUACCGACCGCUACCACAAGAAGUGCGACCACUGUUGGCACCACCACUUCUAAAGAGACUUCUUUUCCUUCUUCCAAUGUCGAGUUGUCCGCGGCUGCCGCGGUCACGACGUCUAUCGUUCCCUCGACGACGACAAGAAGCGUCACGCCCACCGCCGUAACAAGAACUACUGACCCAACCCCUGCAGAAACCCCUGCGUCCGCCCCUACACCGGCGCCCUCCACUGUCGCUGCCCCCGUGAGACAGAACACUGUGUCCACAAGUACGGCCAACAACUCCAGCAACAGCAGUAGACCCAACACCCCCAACAGAGGGCCGCGGCAACAGAGGGUCAACAGUUCAUCGCACGGAGGCGAGGACAUGAGAAGACAGCACGCGGGCCCCUCUAGGAUGUGGCACCACUCGCACAAUCAGGGCCGCACGCAAUACAAGCAGUCCUCGCCGCACCAGAACAACAAGAACUUCCGCAACGCUUCCAACAAGAAGAGAAGACGUCCCCAGCAACAGCCGCAGCAGACGAGAGACAACCCCAGCAAUAGUAACAGCAACAGCGGCCACGGCACCUCCAGAUAGGGCACAGUGUGCAGCAACACACGGAGAUGUUGCUCAACGAGUCUUUCUGCACACUUCUCUCUGGACAUGCAGCUGUAAAGUAAGCCGGAGCCAUGGCUCACAAACUGGCUCACGCGGUUAAAAAAGAAAGAGUGGCAGUGGAAACUUAGUGGCGACCCAUGCUGCAACAGUGUUGAAAGCUGUGCAAUAGUAUGUCCUAUUCUCUGCUCUCUCUGGUGUGCUGAAAAGGCGCCAUCAUUUUAAAUUAUAACGGGGAAUGUUGUCCCCAAACGAUAUGAGGAAAUUACUGAAUGUUGACAAAGCCUGUACAUUAUCAAAGCACAUCAUACUUUGCAGUAGAGAUUUCAAAGAAAGCUCUUAUAAAUGUUCAUAUUAUUUGCUGGGUGAGCAUCAAGUCUGCUGAAAAUGUGGGGAAAUUUUUUACCCUGCUAGCAUGGAAUUUUAUGCCAUAUCGUGCGAAAGGAAAGCUAAUUGCAAUAUAUUGCUCGAAAAGGAUCUUAUUUCCUUAUGAUCAGGAUUUGUUUGCAAAACUUCUCUCUCUUUUUUUUUGAGGCGGCGUAUGCUGUGUUUUAAUCCCUCGUGCAUCAUGAGUCGAGCUAGUUUUUUCACGUAAACAUUAGUGAUAUUUUUAUGUUCCCUUGCAAUGUAUGAAGCAAUAUGUAACUUAAUGUUGCCCGCCGUCGUCUUGGUGAAGAAAAAAAUCAUCAAGAAGACGGCAUCUCAUGAUUUGUUGAACUCAAAAACAAAGACUUGUACAGUGCUGAGGAUACUACUAGUGUUGUUUAAGAGAGAUAGUGCCAUGCUGUCGUGGACCAAAGUACAGCCAUUGUAAAUUGCAUAGCUAGAGGAUCCUGACUUACAAAACAGUCAGGGCGUUCGUUGAGAGAGGAUAUGUUUAAUGUACUACAUUUUACUAUGUUGUCUUUCCCCACCCCCCACCCACCUACCAAAUCAGGGCUAAACAAUGAUGGCAACGUGCUAGCCAAUUGUUGCAAAUAAAUUGCAUGUUGUUCAAUAUGUACAGACUUAAAGUAAUAAAAAAAGGAAGGAAUCCUAGAUAUAAACCGAGCCAUAGGACUGCAGUUUUCGAAACAUGUUUGCAAUACAACUUGUAGGUGAAGAGUGACAGUGCCUAGGAUGUUAAAAAAAGGUGCAAUGAAGCAGUUGGGCUGCAAGGGGGAGCUAUUAAAGGAAGGUUUACUUAGGUUGACUGUUCUUUCGCGACCACAGUUAAAUAUAUGUAGACAGAACGAGGGUACGUAACAAAACAGACGAAGGAAGAGGAGUAGGUUUAAACAAGGGGUUUGAAAAAAAAAUGGCUGUACAAAUUUUUACAACUGAUGUCAAUUUAUGGUUGGACAAUCAGGGCUGUACAGAAUGUGUAUAGGAGCAUUUAAAUUCUUGUCUUCUUAAUAACCUGAACCCAAGCGUGGCAUUGUCAUGACUAGAGAGCUAUAACCUCUCAAUAAAAAUAUGCAAUAACACUGGAGCUCUUCCAUAGCUAACGUAGCCGCAUGUUUGCAUACAUGCCUCCACAUGAUCCCCUUUAUAUAGCCAGGUGCUGCAACUGUUGCCUUCGAUUUUUGUGUACACCAACCGUUAUUUUGGAAAUGUAAAAACUCUAUUAGGAACAAGAAGUCAAUAUUUAAGGAGACCACAAAUUAAGGCAGUGACAAGAAAAUGAAAAGUUGUACAGAGUGGAAGUAUUUUAGUUGGGGAAGCUAUUUUUGUCGCCAAGCAAGAGAGGAUAAAGUGUACUAAAUCAUCGUAUUAUGCACAUCUUCCAUUUUGCCGACCUUGUUGCUGAUUGUUUUAUUUGUAUGAGCUUUCUGCCAUUUGUAUAGUGAAACAGGUUGGUGAGAUGUGAUCGUAACGCAGCGUCCUGUGCAGCUGUGAAAGUGUUUUUCUUUUGUUCCGUACUCGUGGUCGGUAUCGAGAAAAAAAUGGCUGAACCCUUUCUGUUGAUUCACUUUCACAUUCCACAAGAAUUGUAAUUGUCGAAAAAACAAAGUACAAAGCUGAUGUAAGACUUACUGUGAUAGUGGAAAUUUGCGAACACUAUGAUUUCAUCUGCUGUUUAAAAAAAAUUGUGCUGCUACUGUAAGGAAAGCCUUUUUUGUUCCUCUUUUCUUUGAGACCAAGUCUAUGGCAGGACUUUGAGUAAAUAUUGUACAGAUAGUGUUGUAGAAAUUGCCCAAAGGUGCCUUGUUAUUCAUAGAUUACUUCUUAACAUAGUCAACAACAUCUUCAUCAUUGUAAUAGUGGCAGAAAUUAGGUAGUGCAGAAAGUAACAAUAUUCCAGAUUUUUUAUGAACCUAGUAUUCCAUCAAACAAGAGAUUAAAACCCAGGGAUCUUUUGUUACUUAUAAACCAUGAUAGUGAGAGAAAAAAAAUUGCUGUAAAUCUUAUUUUAAGUCAUCUUGAUUCUUUUGUUUGUUAUUGUACUUUGUGAACAAAGUUAUGUAAAGCUUUAGACAUUUUAAUCUGAUGUUCAACCAUUUAUGUGCUUCUGGUUCGUUAUGUAAAGAUGCUACUAUCAAAGCUUGGUUAUUUUAUGCCAAGGUUCAUGUAUGUAUCAUUUAUAUGGUUUUUGUUCCACUGCAAUUUUGGCAAUGGGAGAAAACUGCAUUGUGCUAAAUGGAAAGAAUAUCAUUGAUAGUGCAGAAACGUGUACACACCCAUUUGUACAGUAUCCAUGUCAUAAGUAUUUUCAGUGUAUCCGAUCGUUCCUUUGAAUCAAGUGGAACCAUUACGAACCUUAUACGACGACUUUUUUGUAAGAUAAUCAACUUUUGGAAAUUCCUGUACCAAGUUGAGUAGAGUCAAGUUUUGAAAAAAAAAAA